AAUUAACAACAUACCUAAACCCAUUGACGUGUUUCAGUGAAUCUCCAACGUAAACCACUUGUUUUUACUCCCUAUUGUAAUCGUUGCUGUCGAAUCUCCAGACCGACCGGUUAGGGUUAAAAGGCCUGUCUGUUCUUCUCUUGUACUGAUUUAAUUAAUGAAGGAUCUCGAUAUGGAUCUGUGUGUCUUCUCUCAAAAUGUCUGAACAUCAAUCUUCCUUCGGGAGGUCACUGAUCGUUCCCAGCGUUCAGGAGCUAUGGAAGCAGGGCAUUGCCGCAGUGCCAACACGGUACCUGCGUUCCGACCAUCACCAUCACCAUCCUCCUCCCGACAAUCUCGUCCCUGCAAUACCUGUCAUUGACGUCCAGGCACUGCUCAGUCCCGACCACCAUCAUGAUCAGCUGCAGAAGCUUCAUUCAGCCUGCCUGAAUUGGGGAUUUUUCCAGGUUGUGAACCAUGGAGUAGCCCCCUCGUUGAUGGAGAAUUUUAGGGCUCAAGUCAUCGCAUUCUUCCAGCUCCCGAUCGAAGAGAAAAAGAAGCUCUGGCAACAGCCGGACAACCAGGAGGGAUUCGGACAGCUGUUCGUUGUUUCUGAGGAACAAAAGCUCGACUGGUCGGACAUGUUUCUGCUCACAACUCUUCCCCUCUGCCGUAGGAACACUGCGUUGUUCCAAAAACUGCCUCCCAUGCUAAGGGAUACAUUGGAGGCUUAUAUAAUAGAAACAAAGAAGCUGGCGACAACGUUGUUAGGCCAAAUGGCUAAGGCACUAAACAUUGCGGACGGAGAAAUGCAGCAUAUGUUUCGCGAUGGUGUCCAAACAUUGCGGAUGAAUUAUUAUCCGCCUUGUCCUCAGCCGGACAAGGCCAUCGGAUUAACGCCACAUUCGGACGCCGAUGCUUUAACCAUUCUUUACCCAUUGAACGACACUAAAGGCCUCGAGAUAAAGAAUAACGGAGAAUGGGUGCCCGUAGAGCCGUCGGACGGCGCCUUCAUAGUCAAUCUCGGUGACGUAAUGGAGAUUAUAAGCAAUGGCGUGUAUAAAAGCAUCGAACAUAGGGUAUUGGUGAACUCAAGCAAGGAGAGGUUGUCAGUGGCGACGUUUUACAUCCCCAACGUCGAGUCGGAGUUGGGUCCGGCGCAAAGCCUCCUUGGCCACGACAAUCCUCCGGUCUUCGGGAGGAUUACCGUUGAAGAGUACUUGAAGCAGUUCUUUGCAAGGAAACUUUAUGGCAAGUCGAACCUCGAUUUCAUCAAAUUGGACAGUGCAGAAAGACAAGUUUUGAGCAUAGCAUCAGUUGCAGAAAUGGAAGCAGAACCAAUCGAGAAGUGCAUUUCCCUUGAGGUUCCAAGCGUGCAAGAACUAGCUAAGAAGAAACUCUCCGCCGUGCCGUCCAGAUACAUCCGCCGCCAUCAACACCCUCCCCAUCCACCGUCGCCGGCGGCGGCCCCGCUGCCGGAAAUCCCAGUCAUCGAUUUGCAGAAGCUUCUAUGUGCUGAUGAUUCUGAGCUUCAGCGGCUGCACAGUGCCUGCCAGGAAUGGGGUUUCUUUCAGGUGAUCAAUCAUGGAGUUGACUCUGCAGCAAUUGAGAAAAUAAAGAUGGAAACCCAAAAAUUCUUCGAUCUGCCGAUAGAGGAGAAGAAGAAGUUGCAGAGGAAGGAAGGAGAACUACAAGGGUACGGACAGGUGUUCGUGAUGGACGAAGAAACAAGACUUGACUGGGGAGACAGAUUUUACGUUGUCACUUCGCCGCAAUCUCUCAGAAGCCCUCCUUUACUCUCAAACCUUUCCCCUACGUUUAGGAAUGCCAUAGAAACAUAUUCAUCGGAGCUAAAACUUCUAGCAAUCAAAAUUCUAAAGCAAAUGGCCAAAGCCUUAAAUAUGAAAGAGGAGGAGAUGGAGACAUUAUUCGAGGAAGGAGUGCAAAGCGCGCGGAUAAGUUACUAUCCGCCAUGUCCUCAACCCGACCUAGUCCUCGGAUUUUCCCCUCACUCUGAUGCCAAUGCCCUUACGAUCCUCCUUCACGCCAACGGAAUAAAUGGCCUCCAAGUCAAUAAAGAUGGGGUUUGGAUUCCUGUUGCUCCGCUCCCUAAUUCAUUCACGGUUAAUAUUGGUGACAUUUUGGAGGCGCGCGCAAACUUAAUUACUCGUAAUUCAUCCAUACAUUGCACAUGUAUGAAUAGUUGUUGUUGAGAUAUUUUAGAUAUUCGGUUUUGGA